GGGAGGGAGGGUUUGUUUUCGGGCCUUUUAUUUUGGAGAAGGGAAUUUUAGGGGGACAAAAGGAAGAACCGCGCACCAGGGGCAGCAGAUAAGGGAGAUAAGGGACCGCCGGCCACAGUCGGAGGCGCUGGGUCCAGAAUGGAUGUGGCCGACCCGCAGCAGCUGGGCAUGUUUACGGAGGGGGAGCUGAUGUCCGUGGGGAUGGACACGUUCAUCCACCGCAUCGACUCCACGGAAGUCAUCUACCAGCCCCGCCGCAAGCGGGCCAAGCUCAUCGGCAAGUACUUGAUGGGAGACCUGCUAGGGGAGGGCUCCUACGGCAAGGUGAAGGAGGUGCUGGACUCGGAGACGCUGUGCAGGAGGGCUGUCAAAAUUCUCAAGAAGAAGAAGUUGCGGAGGAUCCCCAACGGCGAGGCGAACGUCAAGAAGGAAAUCCAACUUCUGAGGAGAUUACGGCACAAAAACGUCAUCCAGCUGGUGGACGUGUUAUACAAUGAGGAGAAGCAGAAAAUGUAUAUGGUGAUGGAGUACUGCGUGUGUGGCAUGCAGGAGAUGCUGGACAGUGUGCCGGAGAAGCGGUUCCCUGUGUGCCAGGCCCACGGGUACUUCUGCCAGCUGGUAGAUGGCCUGGAGUACCUGCACAGCCAGGGCAUCGUGCACAAGGACAUUAAGCCGGGCAACCUGCUGCUCACCACUAGCGGCACGCUCAAGAUCUCCGACCUGGGUGUGGCUGAGGCCCUGCACCCCUUUGCCGAGGACGACACGUGCCGGACGAGCCAGGGCUCCCCAGCAUUCCAGCCCCCUGAGAUUGCCAAUGGCCUGGACACCUUCUCUGGCUUUAAGGUGGACAUCUGGUCGGCUGGGGUCACUCUCUAUAACAUCACGACAGGCCUGUACCCGUUCGAGGGGGACAACAUCUACAAGUUGUUUGAGAACAUCGGGAAGGGAGACUACACGAUCCCGGGUGACUGCGGGCCCCCGCUCUCGGACUUGCUGAGAGGGAUGCUGGAGUACGAGCCAGCCAGGAGGUUCUCUAUCCAGCAGAUCAGACAACACAGCUGGUUCCGGAAGAAGCACCCGCCGGCUGAGGAGCUGGUGCCCAUCCCGCCUAGCACAGACUGCAAGGACCGCUGGCGCGGCAUGACGGUGGUGCCCUACCUGGAGGACCUGCACGGCUGUGCCGACGACAACGGGGAGGAGGACCUGUUCGAUAUCGAGGACGACAUCAUCUACACUCAGGACUUCACGGUGCCCGGUCCCAGAGGAGGAGGCUGGUCAGAACGGGCAGAGCCGGGGCCCCCCCAAGGUGGUGUGCAUGAACGGCACAGAGUCAGCCCAGCUGAGCACCAAAUCGAAGGUGGAGCGCCGGGCCAGCGCCGCCUCCAACCCCGCCCGCAAGGCCUGCUCAGCCAGCAGCAAGAUCCGCCGGCUGUCGGCCUGCAAGCAGCAGUGAGGGUGGCUGCCCACAGCCCGUCUCAUGGACCCCCAGCCAGGUGCCACGGCCCAGGUUCUCAGCCUUCCCGCCGACCGCUGGCCCAGGCCUGCUGCCCAAGAAGGCCACCACCGCACCCUCCUUGCCGACCGCCCCUCGGGAAGCCGGGGGCCCUGGAGGGCCGUGGCUGGGGGACAGCAGGGACUGAGGUCUGGCCGCCUCCUCAUGGCCAGUGGACACGACCUCCUGUUGACUUUGCAGCCCUGGGCCGAGCCCCUUCCCCGGGCCCGGGGAGGAGGGAGAGAGCCGGCGAGUGGGCCCUGUGGGAAGCCCUUGCCAUGCACUUUAUGUUCAGACUACUGGUUCUCGCCCCACCCCUGACUUCUUUUUACUCUGCUCCACGUUAGCGCCUCCCACACCUAGUGAUGUGUUCAAACCACAGCCACAGCAGGAGCCGGUAUGGAGAACAGGCCUGCCAGCCAAGAUGCAUGCCCAGAGCCCAGGGGAGCCAGGCGGCUGCCUUGUUUUUGUUGUUUGGUUGGUUUUUUCUUUUUUUAAGAAAAAAAUAAAGCAGGUGGAUUUGAGCUGUGGUUGUGAAGGGUGUUUGGGAGUUGUUGGGUGGCAAGAUGUCCUGCGGGCUGGGGAUCUGAGUUCAAGCCUGGGCCCCUUGUUUGGCCCUCCCAGCUCAGGAGCAGACUGGGGUCUGCAGGUCUGGCGGGUGGCGGGACCCGGGCCGUGCUGGACAUCAGUCCCCUCGGUGGCGGCCAGUGUCCCUCUCGCAGCCCCAGGGCCCCCCAGGCCGCAGCGCAGCCGCUAGGACCUGACUGCGGGCCCCGACCCUCUUGCUAAGGUCUCUAUGCGCCUGGGUCCCCAGAGAAAACCCGGACUAAGCAGGAGUGUGCAGUCAAUAUUUAUAAUCCACCAGAAAACACGAGAAACUCCAUCACUGGAUGGUACACAGACGGCACGAAGCUCCGGGGGCGGCGGGCGGGGCGGCUCGGCCGUGGGCGCGGGCUGCCCCAUCUUUUGGCAAUAAAUAAAGCUUGGGAAACUUGAAA